GCCCUUCUGGGGAGGCUCUAGCCCAGGCUCUGCGGGCUUCCUGUCCAGGUAUCUGGGAAGGUUUGGGGAGGAACCACGAGGACCGUGACGGGCUAGAGCUUAUUGCUCGUCCAGGGAACACAUUCUUACUGAUAUUACCCGGUUUAAGAGCCCUUGCUGAUAUCUCUUUCUACAGGAUAAAAUUUUUCUUCAAUUCCCACAAUCUCAGAGUUGUUUCCCACACAGGCCCACCGAAUUGUUUGCAAACAAGCCUCUUGUCAUUUCUUAUGUCUGGUCAUGUUUACAGCACUGCCUGCAAAAAAACUUCAAAAUUCCUAGAUACAGUCCAAAUUUAACUGGUUUCCAAUCAAAUCAGUCGUUCUUAAUGAAUGUAAAACAAUUUUUUAUUUCGUUUUUUACAACCUUAAUUUGUUUCUGGCUGUUUUUCUUGAAGUUUGAAAGAAACCACACUGUAAUUGGAAAUGUAAGCUUAAAAAAUGGGCGUUUGGGAAGUGGUUUUUGCAGUUAAAAAUAAUUUUAACGUUACCAAAAAUUAUUUUCUACAGGAUUCCUCUAAACAAUCCCUUUAGUUAACGCGUUUGAUAUAUGUCUGUUUCACAUAAUAUCUUUACUGAGAAAAGUGACUACUGUGCCAUUUAUCUCAUGAUUCCCAGAUUAUAAUUCUUUGAAGGAAAGGAUGUGCCAUCUUUUUCUUUUGUAUCCUCCUUUGUAUACCAGACCCUGAAUGUAAUUCCAGGUACUGCAGAUUUGGACUCCCUUUCCCCCUCUGAUUACCCUCCCCUUAUUUAUGUUCAGGGGAGAGAUCAAGCCCAGAAAGAAAGCCACUCCAGGGUCUCCCGGCUAUUUCAGAGAAGUUAUUUUGUUCUACUUGUGACCAGACCUUCCACGACCACCAGGAACAGGUAGAAAGCGAGGUGCAGAGCUAAGGGGUGGAAGCAAAAGUAUCAUGGGGCAUGAGGAGAGGGAGACAUGUGACAGCUCUUUAAUUAAUAAAGGUCCAUGUUUUGACUGAGGCAGUUGGUAUUACCUGGUCAUAUUUCCUGGAAUUCUAUCACUGGUCUUGGGUACCACAAAGGGCCAGGCUAGGGCAUAUUUCCACAUUCAGCCUCUUUCUUUGCGUCCUACCAGAGGGAACAUUAUAAGCUUGACUGGCAUCGGUUUAACCUAAAGCAACGUCUCAAGGACAAGCCUCUCCUGUCUGCCUUGGAUUUUGAAAAGCAGAGCUCCACAGGUGAUGGCCGGAGAUCUUUCCAGCAUCUCAGGAUCAGAGGACUCAGACUCAGCCAGUGAGGAUGGCUUGCAGAUACCAGAUGAGGAGAGGGCUGGGUUUGAGAAGCCCAGCAGACCCCAAGGCUUCCACCCUCAUCGGGUUCUUUUCCAGAACGCUCAGGGCCAGUUUCUUUAUGCCUAUCGCUGUGUGCUAGGCCCUCGCCAGGUGCCCCAAGAAGAACCCGAACUACUCCUACACAGCCUGCAAAACGGAGGUCCCAGACACUGGGUGGUGCUCAUGGCUGCAGCUGGGCACUUUGCUGGAGCCAUUUUCCAAGGAAGAGACGUGGUGACCCACAAAACCUUUCACCGCUACACAGUGCGGGCCAAGCGGGGCACAGCCCAGGGAAUUCGGGACGCCCGGGGUGGGGCUUCUCGCUCUGCCGGAGCCAACCUGAGGCGCUAUAAUGAAGCCACAUUAUACAAGGAUGUUCGUGACCUGCUGGCAGGGCCAAUCUGGGCCAAAGCGCUGGGGGAGGCUGGGACGAUACUGCUGCAUGCUCCCCGCUCUGGCCGGUCCCUGUUCUUCGGAGGCCAUGGGGCACCCCUGCAACGGGGGGAUCCCCGACUUUGGGAUAUCCCCCUCGCUACCCGCAGACCCACCUUCCGAGAGCUACAGCAUGUGCUCCAUAAGCUGACCACCUUGCACAUCCACGGAGAGGACCCCCGGGAGGCAGACAGGUUGGACUCACCUCAGACACACUGGAAGAAGAGAGAGGGGAAGAAGGCUACCGAGGCAGAAAGAAAGGUCUCCAGUGAUGAAAAUGAGGCACUUGGGCAGAAUGAGGAAUCUUCCAAACAGGGUUCAGGGUCGGAGGGAGAGGACAGCCCCCAGGUAGAGUUGGAGCUAGUAGAGUUGACAGUGGGGACCCUGGAUCUGCGUGAGUUUGAGGUACUGCCAAAGCGGAGGAGGAGGAAGAGGAAUAAGGAGAGGAGCCGAGACCUGAAAGCUGGGGCACAUGUGACUCUUCCUCAGCAACCUCAAGAUGAUGAAGCCUUCUCACAGUCCGCCCAGGCACACACGGCCCCUUUGGGGCCUUCCCUGGAUGAGGCCAAGACCCCUGAUCGGUCAGAGCUCUGGGACAUGCUUCUAGCUGCUUGCCGAGCCGGAGACGUUGGGAUGUUGGAACUCCAGCUAGCUGCCGGCCCCAGAGACCCUGGAGUUCUGUCUCUGCUCAGUGCCCCCUGGGGCUCCAGUGGCUUCACCCUCCUACAUGCAGCAGCUGCAGCUGGGAGAGGCUCAGUGGUUCGCCUGCUGCUGGAGGCAGGUGCCGACCCUACCGUGCAGGACUCCCGGGCCCGGCCACCAUAUACGGUUGCAGCUGACAGGUCAACGCGAAAUGAGUUCCGAAGGUUCAUGGAGAAGAAUCCAGAUGCUUACGAUUACAGCAAGGCUCAGGUGCCAGGGCCGCUGACGCCCGAAAUGGAGGCACGGCAGGCUAUGCGGAAAAGGGAGCAGAAGGCUGCCCGGCGGCAACGGGGGGAACAGCAGCGGAAGCAGCGGGAGCAGGAGGAGAGGGAGCGGGAAGAGCAGCAGCGCUUUGCCGCCCUCAGUGAUCGUGAGAAGAGGGCUCUGGCCGCAGAGCAGCGGCUAGCUGCCCAGCUGGGCGUCCCCACCCUGCGGACCCCCGGCUCCGUGGACCGCAGUGCUCCACGCUGCUGGAGUUGCGGGACAUCCCUCCGGGGCCUCACUCCCUUUCACUAUCUCGACUUCUCUUUCUGCUCCACACGUUGCCUUCGGGACCACCGCUGCCAGGCCGCCAAGCCCUCUUCCUGAUCUCUCACGGCUGCACCUGGAGCCAGCUCGGCCCUGAGAGGCUACAUUCACGCCAGCCCUAGGUUUCUUCUUUCCCAUGAAAGUGGAGUAUUCAGAAGAUUAGGAAGGACACUCAGGAACCCGGGCAAAGACAGGGCCACAGAGGAGUGUGGAGCUGGGACUGUCUCUGGAAUUUUAAUCACAAUAAAGUUUGGCAAGGAAGCUGCA